UAUAUUUGACAGCUGCCAAUAUGUCAGAGUCGGGUCACAGCCAGCCCGGGAUGUACGGGCAAGGGAGGAGAAGGAGGCGACGCCGGGGAGAGAGAGAUGGACCCCCUGGACAAAAUCUGUCUGGCCCUAGCCGCGAUCGGGAAUACCAGCCGAGAGAACGAAGGGAUGGAAGUGAGGAUCCACCAGGCCCCCUCAUCCAAAAAACACCCAUCAUUCUUGCGAAGCCUCCAAGUGAAAGGGCCAAACCAUCACAGAAUGCACCUGUUAGUGGAGCUCCACUCCUGGAAAAGCCCAUAAUGCUAAUGAAAGCCAGGGAUGAUGGAGGGAAGCCAGGGACACCUCCUGAGGCAGCAGCUCAGUCCUCUGGUCCUGGACCUUCUAAGGUAGAAAGGGAGAAAGGGAAUUUCAAUUUCACUACGCAGCAUGUAUCUGGGACGGUGUUAAAAAGUCAUCGGCCCUCUCUGAGUACAGCCGACUCCUCUGCUAAAUCUUUGAUCUUCAGGGUCAUUUUAUAA